CUUUUUACUUUUGGAGAGAGCCAAGCCGUUAGGAGAGCAUUCAGCAUCAGCUGUUCAACACUGGUCUCUCAUUGCUGGAAGUCGGGGCUGAAUCAGUCACAUGACAGAACUGGAGGCAGAGAUCUAGAGAAAAGGCACAGCAUUUCGGCUUGCACCGCCAUACUGUAUUUUGAGCCAUAUCACAUUUUUAUUGCAACAUUUUACUCCCGCUCGGAGGGCAACUGGAGGAGAAUGACUGGUAAAACCCAGACCAGCAACGUGACCAACAAGAAUGACCCACGCUCCCUCAACUCCAGAGUCUUUAUCGGCAACCUCAACACAGCCAUCGUCAAGAAGACCGACAUAGAAGUCAUCUUCGCCAAGUACGGCAAGAUAGUGGGUUGCUCCGUGCACAAGGGUUACGCCUUCGUACAGUAUUUGAACGAGAGGAACGCCCGAGCAGCUGUGGCGGGAGAAAACGCCCGUAUCAUCGCUGGACAGCCUCUCGACAUAAACAUGGCAGGCGAACCCAAGCCAUACAGGCCUAAAGCGGGCUCCAAACGGCCGCUCUCAGCUGUUUACAGUGGUUAUGAAUUCGAUUACGAGUACUACAGGGACGAUUUCUACAGCAGUGGCAGCAGGUCCCCUUCCAGGCUUUUUGACUACCACGGCAGAGUGGCCCCCCCACCCAGAGCCGUGAUCCCCAUCAAACGCUCCAGGGUGCUCGCUCCUUCCUCCCGUCGCGGGAAGACCUCCUUCCCCAUCAAAACAUCCUCUUCCUCCUCCUCUUCAUCCUCCAGACCUCCCACAUCCUCCUCCUCCGGGCUCAAACUGAAGACGGACCAGCUUCAGACUAUCAAACGGGAGCUGACUCAGAUCAAGAUGAAGAUCGACUCAUUGCUGGGCCGCCUGGAGAAGAUCGAGAAGCAGCAGAGAGCCGACUCUGCUCAGAGAAAGUACGAGGACAACUGCGACUCCCUGCAUGAGGAGUCCGUGUCAGAGACGGCGGAAAACUCCGGGGAGGAGGCCGGCGAGGGGGCGCUGGACGUGGAGGCAGGCGAGAUGACCGAUGGAGGCGAGGACGACUACGAUGAGGAGGGCAGCCACCAUCUGAUAGAGAACCACGUAUCGGAUAUCGACAACUGAGUUCAGGACGAGGCGGCAGACACCCCCGGUCGGUGGCAUUAGAAUUCAUCAUCACCUUCAAGAGACAGAAAAAAGGAUCUCUGAGGGAUCAAGACACCCAUUCUGGACUGUAAGUUGUGUUCAAGAGAUGCCGAAUCACAUUUUAGAUGCCCAACUGUGCAGCACAAAGCGAAUGUGAAUGUGAUCUCUUAAAGAAAAAUGUAUUCAAGACCCAUUUUAAUGCAUCGGCCUCCGUUUGCCUCAUGGAUAUUCUGUGCAAUUUAUAUUUCAUUGCAAGAGGCUGACAGUAUAAUGUGCUAAUCCUAUGCCUAUGGAAAAAAUAAUAAAACAAGAAGGCGAGGAAAUAAAGGCUUUUAUUCUGAUUUAUAAAAUGAACUCCAUGGAAAGAAGAGAACAUGACAUUGUUGAUCAAUUGUUGCUGCUUUUAUGAAAUGUGUUAGCGCUGUAAUUUCACAAACUGUUUUUCAAUGAAUUUCUUUUAAUGCUCAGAAAAAAAAAUAAUCUAAAAAAAAUAAACGACAGUCAGAACAAUCCAGCGACUGCAGUAUGACACCCAGAAAAAUGAAUGAAACAUCGGUGCCGUCUGGUUCGGAUUUGACUCAUACAUAAGCCAAUAGCUGUGAGCAUAACUUUAUCCUGCUUUAUCCAUUUAUCACACAAAUGCCCUGUGGGGCUGUUCCAUCAUAUAUUCCAACACUUGCCAAGAUUUCGAAGCGGAAUAAGCUUUUCUGUGGUAGAGAGCCAACACUGGCACAGGUCUCCUGCCAGGGAGCAGUGCCCCGACGUCUCAAUGCGCUGCUCCCUGCUCAGCCCUGUGCAUCCCAACAUGGACUGCUGCUGUUCGGGGAGCCAACGCCCAUUCCCCGUUUUCCUCCGCUAUCUCCCUCUGCACCGAUUCGGUCUUAUGCAGGCAAGGGAGCGAGGCGAGGUUUUACUGUGGAAGCUGUUUUAUUUUAAAUUAUACGUUCAGAGGCUUUGAUAUUAUCAAGUAUAUGAUCAGUGAGUCAGACUCUGAAUAAAUUUGGAAUAAUCUAACAUGACACAGGGGCUGACGCUGCCUUAAAACAACCUAAAUAAGUGGUGGGACUUAAAAAAAACAGCAUCCUGUUACUCUUUUUAAUAAAACUGAUUAUAGUCCGUUCACGAGUUGCUGCUAACAUGCAAAUGUUUCAAUUCUAAAUAACCUGAUUAUAAAUGAAGUGACUUCAUGUUUACUGUUACUUAUUCACAUCGUGUUCACCCAUUUUCUUUACCGAGUAAACUUCCUCCAAACGAUGACAGAGGCAUGUUUGUUGUCUCAGGCUUUCGGUUUCUCUUUAAAGCAUCUCUCAGGAGGAGCUAUGCGUUGGGGAACUAUAGCUGAUUAUGUGCAUCAACCAAUAAUAUCAGUCCUUCAAAAGCUUUUAGGGCACUAUUCAACCGAGUUUUAAGGGAUAAUGUUAUGUUGGAGCCUAAUUAAUGUGUUUGGAGCUCCUACAUUUACGUUACAUUUAGUAAUUUAGCCGAGGCUUUUAUCUAAAUCAAGGUACAUUGCGAUAAGGAUGUAUUAGUGCAGCGAUAAGUGCUGUGAUAGUUGUAGAUGGGGGGGGGGAUAGACUCAACACGUCCAGUUGUUGGUAGUGCUCGGAGAGGAGGUCCUCUCUGAAGAGCUGGACGUCUUCAGGAGGUUUUUGAACGUAGAGGAUCUGGUAGGACUUUCGACCAACUGGGAACAACUGAUGAGAAAGUCGUGGCAGAGCCAGGCAUCCUUCAUUCAUCGGUCGGGACGUAACGUACGCCUGUGUAAGGAACGUUCAGGUAGGUGGGUGCCAGUGGUAGCCAGCGGAGCUCAAUGAGCAGUGAGGUAACGUGACCUUUCGGGUUGAUUGAAAACCAGAUCCAGCCCCGUGCUCUGGAUCAUCUGCUAUAUAUUAACCUCUACAUGUCAGGAAAUGGUGUAGCCUGGGUGUAGGCAUAAACCACAGGCGUUAAUGGGCUAACAACAAGCUUCAAUACAUUUGUGAAUUACAGCUUCUCAUAUUAUUAUUAUUAUACUGUCAUUAACUGUGGUCGCACUCACCACAGCCAAGUAACAUCUCUCCUGCUCUGCUUCUUAUACACCAUCACUGUGCAGUGAUAAAUAAACAAUCAAUAUUUCCUGAACGAGAAGUCGAUCCCAACCCAUCUCUUAAACCGGCUGGACGCCGGACGGCCUCGAAUGUUCAAUCCGAUUGAACUCGCUUCAGUUGAACCGCGAACGUCCGGCGUGAAUGCACCAUAACUCCUCCUGAGGGUGUUUUUUAUUUUUAAAACGUGAAAGCAUGACAGCAAACAGGCCUUAUUGUCACUGAAAUGACUUGAGUCUGAACAUCAGUAGAGUUUAUGUAAAGGGUGAAUUACUGGACUCAGUGCUGUUAGUGCUCUUCAGCCUUCAAGAGAUCUGCCCCUGAGACGUCGAGCCACCUCGGUGUAAUCAAGGUAAAAGAUUCAGCACUACGACAUGUUCCCUUUCAUAAACAAAGUCUUAAUUACUCUGGGGAGAUCCAUUUUAUUUGACUUUGGGUAGAAAAUGGCUCCCAUGAAAUCUGUGGAUUAAUAACCCGAAUAAUGUUUUAUAGACCGUAAACGACAUUUUAUUCACCUCGAUUAUAUUUUGUUAGCACAAAACUGGGUAAAUAAAACCGAAGCACGCAGAGUAAGUGGGAAAACAUUGUUUUGUGAUUUAAUUAAAUUGACCCUUUUUAAAGGGAGAAUUCAUUAUUUUUGCACAAAUGUCACGAACACGACAACCCUGGCAGAAAAAAUCCAUAAAAUAAGAAGAAAAAAAAAAGUCUGUCCUGCAGCUCAUUUCAAAAUAAGUGUCUGGUUAAUGAUGAUAAUGUGUAAUAUUUAGCACUAUUUUUGUAUCCAGAAAAAAAAAAUCUUAAGGGAAAUGGCUCUGCUACAUGUUUAUCUUUUUUGCUGGUAGCCUGUUAUUUAAUGAACAGUAUGGUGACGUGUCAAACAUUUUGCAAAAAUACUAACUUCAAAAAAACAAACAAAAAAAAAACUCAUUGCUUUUAACUGUUGUAAUUUAUCCCGGUCACGUUAAAACAUUUUCGGCUUAACGCUCUCUUUUUUGUUUUGUUUUUUUACAGUUUGCCCUGUAAAUAAUCGUUUAUCGCGUUUUCAUUUCAAAUAUUAAAAGACUAGAAGAAUUUUCUUGAGUUUAAAAUAACGCUGAAAUGAUAUACUGACAGUUUGUUGGGGUCGUCGCAGGUUUUAACGAGAAUCGUGGGGCUUGUAGAGAUGUGUAACAACUGUUGUAUAGAAAUGUACAUUUUUUUGUAAAGAUAUUUUUAUCAAAAGGCAUGUUUACUGUAACUUUGUAUUUUCGGUUCAUGUAAAAACAAAACAAAAACAAAAAAACACGGUAUAUUCCAACUGUUGUAAGGCUAGAAAACUCACCGUCAUUGUAGAUAACUCUUUGUGUUCUUCAAUAAAAAUGUUUGUGUCAUA